AUGAAGUUCUCUCACUCUUUGCAGUUCAACGCUGUCCCUGAGUGGUCGUCAAAAUAUAUCGCUUAUUCCAAUCUAAAGAAGCUCAUUUACAAUUUACAAAGAGAGUCACUCACUUCCAGAAAGAUUAAUGCCAACGAUACGGAGGCGUCCUACUUGAUUUCUCAUGACAAUCAACAUCAAGAAAGAGAUUUGUCAAAAGUGUUCCUAGCUGCCUUGGAUUCCGAAUUGAAGAAAAUUGAUAGUUUUUAUAAAGAGAAGGAAGAAGUUACAUAUGCUGAUUUUGAAACUCUAUGUAAAGAUUUGGAUGAUUUUGAGAAUGAAAUACGGACCACCCAAUCUAAUGAAUCAAAUACUGCUGCUAAUACCCACAAGCAACCUUAUCGUGCGAAAUCAAUCCCUAAUGAUUUUAAUGAACAAAUUGGUGAUGAUAGUGGGGUGAUUGAUAGUGAUGAUCCAAAUUAUGUCCAACCGUAUAGAGGGCGUUCAGGAUCCUUACAAUUGAGCCAAAGAGCAAGAAAGAAUUCAGACUUGGUACGUUCAAGGUCUCCAGAGUUUUGGGACACUGAUUAUGACAAUUUGGCAUUUGGUAAUGAUCCUUUUUCAGUAUUGGCUGAUAUAAGAAUUACAUUGAAAAGAAGAUCAAUUGCAUUGUUCACUGUGUUAUCAGAAUUGAAGUCAUUUAUUGAAUUAAACAAGACUGGGUUUACUAAAGCUUUGAAAAAAUUUGAUAAAUCAUUAAAUACCAAACUUAAAGCUGAUUAUCUUGAAAACUUGGAUAAUAAUUCUUAUGUGUUUAGAAGUGAUACAGCAAAUGUGCUAAAGGAUAAGAUUGAUAGACUGGUACAAAUUUAUGCAUCUUUAGCCACUGGUGGGAACAUUGAAAAUGCAAAAUCAGAAUUGAGAUUACAUCUAAGAGAACACGUUGUGUGGGAACGUAACACAGUCUGGAAAGAUAUGAUUGGACUUGAAAGAAAAGCUCAAAAUGCAACAGUUGCUAAACAAACUGACAGUAAAGAGGUAUUAGUCGGUGAAGAAGGUGCCCCAAUAAGCUCUAAAAGAUUAUUAAAUCCAACUGCUUGGAAACUUUUAUUCAUCAUCGCUGUGACUUUACUGUUGAUGAUUUUCUCACCUUUUAAACAAGUUGAACAAAAGAACUGCUUUGCAUUAUUAGUUUGCUCGUCAUUAUUAUGGGCCACGGAAACCAUUCCAUUAUUUGCAACUUCUUUACUUGUUCCUCUGUUGAUUGUUGUUCUUGGAGUUUUGAAAGAUGAUCAAGGUGAAAGAUUAGAUCCAGAAGCUUCUUCAAAAUUCAUCUUUUCAGCAAUGUGGUCCUCAGUUAUCAUGCUAUUAUUGGGUGGGUUCACUCUAGCUGCUGCAUUAUCUAAAUAUAACAUUGCCAAAAUUCUAUCAACAUGGAUCUUGUCCAAAGCUGGUACAAAUCCAAAAGUUAUCUUGUUGACAAUCAUGAGUGUUGCACUGGUGGUUUCAAUGUGGGUCUCUAAUGUUGCCGCCCCAGUGUUGUGUUAUUCCAUUAUCCAAUCCCUGUUGAGAACUUUACCUCGUGGAUCAGUUUUCGCUAAACAACUAAUAUUGGGUAUAGCUCUAGCUUCAAACAUUGGUGGUAUGGCAUCUCCUAUUGCAUCACCUCAAAACAUUAUUUCAAUUGGUAUCAUGGACCCUCAACCUUCUUGGGGUCAAUGGUUUGUUAUUUCAAUCCCAGUUUGUGCGAUUUCAUUGAUUUUGGUUUGGUUAUUCUUGUUAGUUUCUUUCAAAUCAAAUGAACAAGUUUCUAUUGCAGGUAUUAGAACAGUUGAUGAAAAAUUUACACCUACCCAAUGGUUUAUUUCAAUUGUCACUAUCGGUACUAUUUUAUUAUGGUGUCUAGCUCAUCAAUUAGAAGGCGUCUUUGGUGAAAUGGGUAUCAUUUCAAUUAUUCCAAUGUUGUUAUUUUUCGGUACUGGUAUUUUAAGUGCUGAAGAUUUCAAUAAUUUCUUGUGGACUAUUGUCAUGUUGGCUAUGGGUGGUAUUGCAUUAGGUAAAGCCGUUUCAUCAAGUGGAUUAUUGGCAACAAUUGCUCUAGCCAUACAAUCUAGAGUUGAAGGAUUUUCAUUAUUCUCAAUUAUGAUUAUUUUUGGUUUGUUAAUUUUGGUUGUUGCAACUUUUGUUUCUCAUACUGUUGCUGCCUUAAUUAUUGUUCCAUUAAUUGCUGAAAUUGGAGCUCAAUUAGAUGACCCUCAUCCAAACUUGUUAAUUUUAACUUCUGCAUUCUUGUGUUCAUGUGCCAUGGGUUUACCAACUUCUGGAUUCCCUAAUGUUACUGCUAUUUCAUUGGUUGAUGAUUUUGGUGAGCGUUACCUAACUGUUGGUAAUUUUAUCAGUAGAGGUGUUCCAUCUUCAUUGAUUGCUUAUUUGGUUGUUGUUACUGUUGGAUUUGUAUUGAUGAGAGUCUUAGGUUUUUAG